AUGACACCUCAGUCCUUCGUUGUUGGGCGCAGGGCUGUUGAUACCCCAUACAACAAAAGGGAAGAGGACCUGAUGUAUGGCAUAAGGAGCUGUGUGCGUGUGUGGACAUGGUUGUCAACGAUACGGGGCAACGAGAGCUGUUUCCUCAAACUUUCUGCUGCUCUUGUUGCCUGCAGGCAACAUCCGUGUGCCUGCAGGAGUGUUCUGCAGCCUUCCGCAGCUGCAGGUGUGUUACAGCCUAUCAGAGACUGUUCUUUGUUUGUUCUAGCUAUCGGUAGAGAGAAGCUCCCCCUCUCCGCUAGGAAGAGGGAAUCAAGCCUCUUCCUUCUCUCAUUUCUUCUA